AUGUGGAAGAAACUGCAAUCUGAAUUCAAACACAGUGUUAAUAAUAUAUCUAAAAAGCCAUGUAAAUAUAAUGAAUCUGGAAACUUUGUCAAUUGGAGUUCAGCCCUUAAAGUACAUCAGAGAAUUCAUUUUGGAGGGAAACCUCAUGAAUGUAAUGAAUGUGGGAAAGCCUUCAAAGGGAGUACAGAUCUUGUUAGACAUCAAAGAUAUCACACUGGUGAGAAGCCCUAUGAAUGUAGUGAAUGUGGGAAAGCUUUCAUUCAGAUCUCUAACCUUAUACAACAUCAGAGAAUUCAUACUGGAGAGAAACCCUACAAAUGCAGUGAGUGUGGGAAAGCUUUCAUUCAGAGUUCUAACCUGAUUCGACAUCACAGAAAAUACCAUGGAGAAAAACCCUAUGAAUGCAAUGAGUGUGGAAAAGCCUUCAGUGAACGCUCAAUUCUUAUUGAACAUCAUAGAAUUCAUACUGGAGAAAAACCCUAUGUAUGCAACGAAUGUGGGAGAGCCUUUGUCCAAAGCUCAAACCUUAGUCAACAUCAGAGAAUUCAUACUGGAGAAAAACCCUAUGUAUGUAUCGAAUGUGGAAAAGCCUUCAGGCAAAGCACUAAUCUUAUUCAGCAUCAGAGAACACAUAAUGGAGAGAAACCCUAUGAAUGUAGUGAAUGUGGGAAAGCCUUCAGACAAAGUUCACAUCUUAGUCAACAUCAGAAAACACAUAACUUUCGACACCAGAUACUACAUAAUAGGAGGAAACCCUAUGAAUGUAAUGAAUGUGGAAGAGCCUUCAGUCAAAAUGCACACCUCAUUCAACACCAGAGAAUUCACACUGGAGAGAAACCCUAUGAAUGUAGGGAAUGUGGCAAAGCCUUCAGUGCACGAUCCACACUUAUUCAACAUCACAGAAUUCACACUGGAGAAAAACCUUAUGAAUGUAAUGAAUGUGGGAAAGCCUUCAGGCAGAGAACACAACUUAUUGAACAUCAGCGAAUUCAUACUGGGGAGAAACCAUAUGAAUGUAGUGAAUGUGGAAAAGCUUUUAGUCAUAGUUCUAAUCUUAUUCACCAUCGGAGAAUCCACACAAAAACAUAG